GUCACAAGCGAAGAAUGUGAACCAAGCGAUCAACCAUCGAUCUUCGAAGGAGAAGACUUCACAGAUUGGCGCUUCUUCCGUCGGCGAUCGUCCUCACUUCCUCUCCAAUUGCUUCUGGCUUCUCCUGGCACCCUGAAAAUUCCCCAUGGCGAACGCGCUUGUCAGCGGAGCAUUUCUCUCGGCUUUCCUCCAGGUGCUCUUCGACCGGAUGGCCUCUCGCGAGGUCGUCGACUUCUUCCGGUCGCGCAAGCUUGACAAGGGGAGGCUGCUGCAGAAGCUGAAGGCCGUGCUCCUGUCCGCGAACGCCGUGCUGGACGACGCGGAGGAGAAGCAGAUGACCAACGACCACGUCAGGGAGUGGCUCGACGACCUCAAGGACGCAGUGUACGACGCCGACGACCUGUUCGACGAGAUUGCCACUGAAGAUCUGAAGCGCGAAGCCGGGGUCGAGCCUCAGGCUCUCGUCUGUAAGGUCUGGAGCUUUGUUGCAGACGCUCGCAGGAGUAAAUUGAGGGAUAAGUUAGAGAGGGUUCUGGAGAGAUUGGAGAGCGUAGUGAAGCAGAGAGAAGUGCUGGGCCUAAGGGAAGGUUUUCGCGAGAGGACGGCUAGAGCUUUGCAGACCACUUCGUUGGUCGAGGAAUCGGGAGUUUUCGGGAGGGAGAAGGACAGGGAGGCGGUGAUCAAGUUGGUCUUGUCAGAUCGGGGCGAAAAGAACACCAGCGUGAUGGCCAUCGUUGGGAUGGGCGGUGUCGGUAAGACCACGCUAUCUCAAGUCGUGUUCAACGAUGGUGCGGUGAAGGGGAGUUUCGAGCUGAGGGCGUGGGUUUCCGUGUCCGACCAAUUCGACAUCUGCAAGCUGACGGCGACGGCUCUUGAGGAGUUCUCCUCCCCGUCUAAGAAGGAGACCGAAAAUCUCAACCAGCUUCAGCUCCAGCUGAAGAACUUCUUGACAGGGAAGAAAUUCCUAUUGGUGUUGGAUGAUGUUUGGAAUGAGGACUCAAAUCUUUGGGAUGCGUUCCUAGUUCCUUUUACCUAUGGAGCAAGAGGCAGCAAAAUCGUCGUGACGACACGAAAUGAGAACGUCGCAUCGGUUGCUCGUGCCGUCUCGACAUACCCUUUACAGAAGUUGCAAGACGAUGAGUGUUGGGACUUGUUCGCAAAACAUGCGUUUGACCAGCAUAACUUCGAGGCGCGCACGAGACUUGAAGAUAUCGGGCAAAGAAUUGUAAAGAGAUGUGAUGGAUUGCCUCUUGCGCUGAAGACUAUAGGUAGCUUGUUACGCUGUGAGUCUGGUAUCAGGAAGUGGGAAAUAAUUGCAGAGAGUGACAUUUGGGAUUUGGCACCUGGAAAGAAUGAAAUUCUCCCUGCGUUGUUGUUAAGUUAUCAUUACCUUCCUCCACUACUGAAACGAUGUUUUGCCUAUUGUUCAGUCUUCCCAAAGGAUUGCAUAUAUAAGAAGGACCAGCUGAUCUUACUUUGGAUGGCUGAGGGCUUGAUAAAACAACCUAACGCCGGCAGGACAUUAGAGGAAGUAGGUGAUCAGUGCUUCUGUGACCUUGUGUCUAGAUCUUUGCUUAAUAGAGUAAGUGAUGUUGAAUCGAGCUUCCCGAUGCAUGACCUGGAAGAAAGCGACGUCGCAUUGACCUUUUCGAUGCAUGACCUGGUCAAUGACUUAGCAAGAUAUGUAGCUGGUCGAUCUUUUUUUAGCUUGGAUGGAGGCAAUGCACGCCAGGUGUCCUCAAGCACUCGCCAUUUGUCAUUUGUAAGAACUGAGUAUGAUGUCGCUUCUAGAUUCAGAGUGUUAGCCGGGGCAAUGAAUUUGCGUACUUUCCUGCCGCUAAACGUGGGUCAUGUGAGACUUUACGAGUACAAUUUGUUGACUGAUGAGGUACUGCAUGUUCUGUUGCCGACCCUGAGUCGGUUAAGGGUGCUAUCUUUGUCUCAUUAUCAGAAAAUCUCAACGUUGCCCAGUUCAAUUGGAUGUUUGAAGCAUCUGCGCUAUUUGAAUCUCUCCAAUAAUGCUAGUCUAAUCAGAUUGCCUGAUUCAAUUACAGCUCUAUGCAACUUGCAAACCUUAAUUCUUGCUUACUGUCCGUGUCUCGUUGAGUUACCGAGAAACAUGGGCAGCCUAACCUAUCUGCGUCAUCUUGAUAUAAGGUGGACAUCCCUGGAGAGAAUGCCGUGGGGGAUGAACAGACUGAAGAAUUUGCAGAUAUUAACUAAUUUCGUGGUGGCCGAAAACGGUGGGACCAGGGUUAGGGAGCUAGGGGGGCUAGAGAAUCUUAUGGGUACACUCUCCAUACAGGGUUUGCAGAAUGUUGAUAGUUACCGAGAUGCCGAGAUAGUCAAUUUGCAGGGAAAGAGGUACUUGAAAAAGUUAGUGCUGGAAUGGGGUUGUGAUGACAAUAUUACGCAGCAAAAUAGCUUAAAUGUAUUGAACAAGCUGCAACCUCAUUGGAACUUGAGAGAGCUCAUCAUUAUAUCCUAUGGUGGUAGGUCAUUUUCCACUUGGCUGGGACACGGUUCAUUCUCUAAUAUGUCAGUCGUGCGUCUUGAAUCUUGCAAGCACUGUGUGUCAUUGCCUCCUUUAGGACAGCUACCAUCUCUGGAGAAGUUGAUAAUCGAAGGAUUCGAUGGAGUUACAAGUGUGGGUACCGAAUUCAAUGGUAGUAACUGUAUACCUUUUCAGUCACUUAAGUACUUGGAAUUUGCUGACAUGCGCAGCUGGAAAGAGUGGGCUUCUUUUGCAAUAGAGACAGGUAGUCUUGCCUUUGCACAUCUGCAGGAGCUUCGUAUUAGAAAAUGCCCUGAGUUGAGUGGAGGUUUUCCCAACCAUCUCCCUUCUCUAACAGCCUUGUCCAUUGAAAAGUGCCCACAGCUGACCUCUUCUCUACCAUUCGCACCGCUUCUCCAUAAGAUCAAUUUGGAUGAUUGUGGAAAGGUUUCUGGAGUUGAGCCUCUCCUAAAUGGCAUUGAGUUACGAGAUAUGGAAAUCAUGAAUCUUUCGACCCUUCCCUUGAGGUUUCUUCCUCCUAAUAUGACAAGACUCAAUCUUAGAGGCAGUUGUGAAAUAGAGUUGCCAAUACACAUAUGCCAUGAAUCUCUCCAAUAUCUAAACUUGAGCCAGAGCUGCGAUUCGCUUAUAUCCUGUCCUCUGGAAAUUUUCCCCUCGCUUAAGAAUAUUCAGUUGACGGGGAUUAAAAAAUUGGAACAUCUUUCAAAUUCAGAUGGUUCAUCACUUCUUCUCCAUUCGAUGGACAUUAGUUUUUGCCCUGAAUUUAGAUCUUUCCCUAGGGGAGGAUUGGCUGCCCCAUGCCUCACUUCGUUAGGGUUGAAUAACUGCCGUCAUCUAAAGUAUCUGCCAGAAAACAUGCAGGCUCUAUUUCCUUCGCUUCAGGCACUGACAAUAUCCUCAUGUCCACAACUCGAGUCAUUUCUCAUGCGGGGUUUACCCUCCAAGUUGGUUGCGCUUUCACUCUCUAAUUGUGACAAGCUUAUCACUGGCCGCAAGGAUUGGGGUCUUCAAUCACUAUGCUCUCUACAAACUUUUACCAUUGGGCAAGAGAAAAAUAUAGAGUCAUUUCCUGAGAUAGGGCUUCUUCCAACCUCUCUUACCUCUCUGAAUAUAUCUGGCUUUGAGAAUCUGACGUUCCUGAACUCUAAAGGGCUUCAUAGCCUGAGCUCCCUUGAAAACCUCUCCAUUAGCAGAUGUCCUAAGCUCCAUUCCUUCCCAAAAGAGGGACAAAUUCUGCCCGCUUCACUUACCACUCUGUCGAUUUAUGGUGUGGGUCUAAAAUCACUGGAUAACUUAGGGCUCCACCACCUCACUUGUCUCAAAGAAUUUCGCAUAAAUAGCUGCGGAAGUCUUCGAUCCAUGCCAGCAGAGGGCUUGUCAUCCUCCCUUUCCAAUCUAUUUAUCUAUCGGUGCCCUUUGCUGGCAAAAAGAUGCCAGCGGAAGAAAGGGAAAGAUUGGCCCCUAGUUUCGCACAUUCGCUGCAUCGUGAUUGAUCGUGUGCUCGUCACAUGAUCGUAUAUCUUGCUUUACAAUCCCUCCUUUUACCAAGAUCUCACUCAGGUGGAGUGCUUCUAGAUGGGGUAAGGCUAACUAAUGUUCCAAAAAAUACAUGAUGCAUCCAUGAUUAGCAAUAUAGGCACAUGCUGUGUUGAGAUGGACAUGUGAAUUGUGUUAGAAAAAGUCCAACAACAUGGGAUUAGUAUUGGUGUGAAAUAGUUAAUAUAUCUUACUUGGCCAAAGCUUUUGAGUAAAAGUGGCCUGACUGGAUAUGUUGAAAGUUUUGGACUUGGGCUCUCUCUUGGCUUCCACUACGCGCUCCCAAGCCAAAUUGGUGGCAACCUAUUGGUGCAAAAGAAUGCUUGGAUUAAGGGAGAAGUAUACUGAACAUUGAGCUUACACGCAAGAGGGAGAUAAGAAUUGAUGUGAUAUGGAGUAAGAGGGAGAUAAAAAUUGAUGUGGUGUAGAGUACUUAUUAUCUCCUAGUUGGCCCAUAAUUCAUUGACUGAAGCUUUUGAGUAUAUGUUGGGUCCAACUAUAUUUGUUGAUAGGGUUGAACUUGGGUUGUUCCUUGGCGAUCUCCCAUGUGAUGGCAUCGAAUUUUUGCUAGACACUACCAACAUGCCAUGGUGGAUGUCGGAUGCUACUUUGGAUGGACCUAUUCUUCUCCCACGAUAUCAAGAUAGUUUCAGUAAGAGGGUUGUGGUGAGAAAACAAAAUGUUGCUCAGACUUCACAAGACGAGUGAAUUAUGAGGAUUAGGAGCAACAUAGGCAAUGGGAUGGUGGAAAUCGGCUAGGAAAACAAAUCCAUUUUUCAUGCAAUCAGCAAGCCAUGUGAUCGACUCUGGAAAUGUCAGAAUCGAGCUCAAUUAGGAGUAUCGAAAUUUCAUUGUCAGUUUGCAGCUUGUGAGAAAUUGUUUACCAAUGAGUGCGAGUGCAGGAGAGGCACUCCAAUGCAAUUGCAACGUUUAGUUGAAUGUAACGACAUGCCAUGUGAGAAUUAUUUGCCUAAUGGUUUGGUUGGAUUGUUGAUUUAGCAAGCUGAUACUUCUCGCAAUGGAGAAAUAAGAAACCAUUCAAGGUGAAACGGAGCUAACGCAUGGUCUGUAGAGGUACAUCCCAGGUGUUCGAUGUUGUAGCAUUGAAACCGAUGAUGGGCAUGAGAUGAGUGGGUUAUGGAGAUAUUGUUUGAUACAGCUUUUCGAUUGUAGCUGUGACACGUAAAACUACGUGCUUCCGCUUUCGCAGGGUAACAUCUCAAAGCUAUCAUCUGGAACCAGAAAGCUGUCCCAUCUAGCUUUCAGCUGUCGCCCGUUUGUUACCAUUUGAUGGCAACUAUGAUUGUACCACAUGGGCCUUGAGUGGAGCUUCAUAGCCUAUACAAGAUCAGGAGGGGCUGGAGGAUUGAUUGAGUGAUACUUCUCUCUCUUUGGUUGAGUGGUUCUUCUCUUCUUCAAAAGCACCCCUAAUUCUCUGGGACACACUUAAAGCAAAGAGCAGGAAUAACUCGUGCAUGCAAGCAUAUACCCGUUUCGUGCUGUCGGAGGGUGUAACAUAUAGUGAAUAAGUGAAUUUUAAGGUCAUGUACGAGUCUUAUUUAUCAUGUUCAAGUUUGAAAGUCGUCAUAUGUAAAUCAACAGUGGCUGUGUAUGUAUAUAUAAGGACAAGCAUUCUGAUUAGUAUGUAUAACAUAGUCGAGAAAGAUGAAUCAGAUAACCUUCAUUCCAACUUCGAAAUCUGCAAAGACGUCAUUUCCCAAUAUGGCGAACCAGUCCAGAAACCUUGUAGGGAAAUGACGAACCAAUCCAGAAACCUUGUGGCUACGCAAUAUAGACAAUUAUUUUGAAA